CCCACACACACACUUGCACGCACACACAUACACACAAAUACACACACAAACACAUUAUAGAACACUUUUCACAACCCCCAGGUCUAUGCGAGCAUCUCACACACACACUUCCUUGCUUUCUUCCGUGUAACUUGAAGGUGAUUUUUUGACUUGGGAAUAUCAUCUGGUAAACAAGAUGGAAAAGCAUUGACUUGCCUGCAGGAACAUUAUGGUUGUGGGCCGUGCUGUCAACAUGAGUCUGAUGGACAUUUCCAAGAUCUUCUCCAUGCUGCAGCCCAAGGAGGAGGAUGAGGACCAAGAGUUGAUGAGCCAGGAUUUGAACAACGCCGUGAGCAGCGACAACGUCACUCUCCUCUCAGAGCUUCUGUCCCAGGAGUGCUACAGGAGGUCCAUUAAUGCACGAAGUGGGUGGGGGGUCCCAGUAACACCCUUGAGGACCGCUGCUGCUGUGGGGCAUCUGAGGUGCUUGGAGCUCCUACUGGAGCACGGAGCAGAGAUCGACAGCUUGGACGUAAAGGCCCAGACGCCACUGUUCACAGCUGUCAGCGGCAAACAUUUGGACUGCGUGGCGGCCCUGCUGAAGGCCGGAGCCGAUCCCAACGGCAGCCAGUACAACAACUGCUCACCGGUGCUGACCGCCGCCCGAGAAGGAGACGUGGACAUCCUCCAAGAGCUGCUCCGCUUCGGAGCGGAAGUGGACGUCCGACCCAAAGUACCCGAGUGGGCGAGCAACGCCACAGCCUGCAGAGGGCCUCUGUACAUCUCAGCUGUGUACGGACACCUGGACUGCUUCAAGCUCCUCCUACUCCACGGAGCCAACCCCAACUACAACUGCACGGAUGAGAAGAUGCUGGCUCGGAUCAAGCAGCCAAAGACGGUCCUGGAGGUGUGUAUGCGGUACGGCUGCGGGGUGGAGUACAUCCAGCUUCUCAUAGACUUUGGAGCAGAUGUGUAUCUACCUACGCUUAUCAUUGACAAGACCACCAAGCAGAAUGAAGCAUUGGUCCUGCUGCUAAAAGAAAGAGUUUGCCCCAAAACUCUGAUGUCGCAGACUCGCCUCGCGAUUCGAGGACAGCUUUUCUUCAAAGAGCCUGCCAUUGACAGUUUGGACAUUCCUCUCAUUCUGAGGAACUACCUGAAGCACAUCCCCUACGAGCUCACCUGCUGCUCCAGCUAGCAGCAGAACCAAACCAAUACGACGAUUCGUUAGGGGUGUCCAAAGUGCGGCCUGCAGCUACAUUUUUAGUUGCCCGCCACACGAUAUAAAAAUACUAUUAUGAAAAACACAGCAAAAGUUCAGUGGAACCUCGGUUUAUGAACCUAAUUGUUUCUUGGACAGGGUUCAUAAAUAGAAACGAAAUUUCUUCAUAUGAAAAAAUAUAAACAUGGAGAAUGGGUUCCGACCUUGACAAAACACAAACAAUUGUUAUGAUAUCAAACAGACAUAACAAGAGGGUGAUGGAUCAACUUUAUAUUUAAUAACAAAGCCAAAACAACAACAACUAGCUCAAAUGUCCCCAUUUUCAGCCGCUUUGCUGACACGCACACACACUGUCACUAGCCAUUCUGUCCUUUGCCUACGUGGCUGCAUGGACUGCCAGAUAGCUAAACACCGGUCCUUGGUGUUGAAAAGUGAAACAUGACUUAGACCAGGGGUCCCCAAACGACAGCCCGCGGACCAGAUACAGACAGUCCCAAGUUAAUUUUUUUUUUUUAAUUAUUUUCAUUAUUUUUCAAAAUCUGUCCUUUAUCCAUUUUCUACCACUUGUCUCCUAGCCGCUAAGGCAAAUCAUAAAUGCAUUUUCCCAUCGAUAACUUGACAUCAUCGCACUAAUAAAUAUAAAUAUAAAUAUAUAUCCAUCCAUCAAUCCAUCUUCUAUCGCUUAUUAACUUUGGGGGCGCUAGUGCCUAUCUCAGCUACAAUCGGGCGGAAGGCGGUGUACACCCUGGACAAGUCGCCAACUCAUCGCAGGGCCAACACAGAUAGAAAAACAACAUUCACACUCACAUUCACACACUAGGGCCAAUUUAGUGUUGUCAAUCAACCUAUCCCCAGGUGAAUGUCUUUGGAAGUGGGAGGAAGCCAGAGUACCCGGAGGGAACCCACGCAGUCACGGGGAGAACAUGCAAACGCCACACAGAAAGAUCCCGAGCCCGAGAUUGAACCCUGACUACUCAGGACCUUCGUAUUGUGAGGCAGACGCACUAACCCCUCUGCCAACUUGAAGCCCUAUAGAUAUAUAUAUAUA